UCGGGCUCCAUCGCGCCGGCCUGCAUGCCUACCGACAAUCGGACGAUGACUGACGAGGAAGUCACGAUCACCGGCUGGGGCGUGAUCUCCUUCAACCGCACGGCCGGUCCGGUGUCGCCCGUCCUCAAGGGAGUCACACUCAGCCCGGUCGCGCUGGGGCCGUGCAACGAGCUCUGGAAGAAGUACGAUAACCCACGCACCAUCUACCCAGAGUUUGUACCCAUUGACGAGAAGAAAGUGUGCAUCGGCACCAAACCCGGCGCUGCUUGUUUCGGCGACAGCGGCGGCCCGGCCACCUACCGCGAGGAGGACGGCCGCUACACGCUGCUGGGGGUGACCAGCUAUGGACCCCCCAUCUGCAAGAUCGGCGGCUUGCCCACCAUCUACACCCGGAUCUCGCGCUACAUGUACUGGAUCCAGCUGAACAUUCUGCACCUGUUCGCCAGCGCCAGAUGAGCCGGAGCGCGCGCGGCUGAUGCCAGCCAGCCGCCCGGAGGAGGAUCGCAGGGCCUGGAGCGGUGCGGCGCGAUAGACACGGUGCGGCUGACUGUGUCCAGUGAAAAGACAGGCCGCAUUGUUGCGAGCAUGGGGGUCAUCAAACGAGUUCCAUUCUCUCGUCAGUGUCAUGCAUCAGAUUGACUUUGGCUGCCGCCGACAGUAUGCUGCAUGAAAUAUGAGCCACUGAAAUGCAUGAAAUACGAGCUAUUUGAAUAAGUUCAACAAACCAGCCAUGACGAUGUUGGGAGCGAAAGUCUGAGAAAUCAGGCAAAUAUGUACCCAGAAGUAAGUUAACGAUUAGAUUUUGGUGACUCUCAGGGGCGUAGCAAGGAUUUUCUCAAGGAAACACGCCACACCCACUUCUAACUUGCUUUCAACAGCCAUCUAUAUAGACAAAAAUGCGAGC